AUGAUACAAGUGUAUGAGAUUCUUCUGAGGGCCCUAGUGUAUUUGGAACACGUUUUAGUGGUGCUGGAUUUAGAGAUUGUUGUACGUCUUGCACUUGCAGACGCUAAUCUGGCAGAAGAAGCUGUCACUUUUGUUACGGAAGAAUAUCGCAAGGCCCAACCUAAACUGGAGAGUCAAAUCUACUCGGAGAAGGUUGCAUGGAUACGCGAAGCAGGCGACUGUGUAAACUACACCAUUGUCAAGGUCGUGCAGCAGCCCCACCAGCAAAAUGGUAGCUGUGUGGAGGCCAAAAUUUUGUGCCACACAUUGGAAAUUUCAAAGCCGAGAACUGCAGGCUCAGUUACGCCUGCAAGCCUCGACGUCUUCUUCACCUCUGUUUCUUCCGCAACAGUUUCAAGCAUGUCAACGGUGGAAAUGGAGGUCUUCUCUAACACUCAACUUAUCAUCAUGACCAUUGUGAUGUUAUUGGGUGGAGAGGUCUUCACUUCCGUCCUUGGACUUUAUCUGUCAAGGUCCUAUUUCUCUGAACAACAAACCAAAGAAAGUAGAGUCACUUCUAAUUACCAUAGCCCUCCAAAACCUACCACCUUUUCAGGGCUAGAGAUUGAUCAGAAACCACCCAAUGUCGACCUAGAAUGUAAUAUCAACUCUUCAGACAAUGACCAUUGUCUAAAGCUUAACUCCAUCAAGUGCCUAGCUACUGUGGUUUUUGGUUAUUCCUUAGUAGUUCAUAUUACUGGUUCUAGUUUAGUUGCUAUGUAUACAAGUCUAGUUCCUAGUGCAAGAGAAGUCCUGAGCAGUAAGGGCCUUAAAAUACAAACAUUUUCUUUGUUCACCACAGCCUCUACUUUUUCCAACUGUGGUUUUGUGCCUACAAAUGAGAACAUGAUAGCUUUCAAGAAGAAUUCAGGUCUCCUCCUAAUUCUCAUCCCUCAAACACUUCUUGGAAACACAUUAUUCCCAUCAUGCCUGCGAUUAUCGAUAUGGGUUUUGGAGAAAAUCACAAGGAAAGUGGAGUUCAGAUACAUUCUGAUGAAUACUAGGGAGAUGGGUUAUGGCCAUUUGCACUCUUUUGCUCAGUCAUGCCUUGUGGCUAUUACAGUCUUGGGGUUCAUAAUGGUGCAGUUUAUCCUUUUUUGCUCUAUGGAGUGGAAUUCAGGAGCUAUGGAUGAUAUGAAUUCCUAUCAGAAGGUGAUGGGUGCAUUGUUUCAGGUUGUAAAUUCUAGGCAUUCUGGUGAAUCUGUUGUUGAUAUCUCCAUCAUCUCUCCAGCAACCUUGGUGCUCUUUGCGGUUAUGAUGUAUCUCCCACCACACACUUCAUUUUUGCCAAUAAAGCAACAGGAAGAGGUUGUUUCAGGAACCGACCAAAAGUGCAAAAAGCAAAGAAAGUCUUUGGUUCAGUGCCUAUUGCUUUCACCUUUAUCUUCCUUAGUCAUCUUCGUGAUUCUCAUUUGUAUCACAGAAAGAGAAAAGUUGAAGAAAGACCCCCUCAACUUUAAUGUGCUCAGCAUCACCAUAGAAGUCGUAAGUGCAUAUGGAAAUGUUGGGUUCUCAACUGGCUACAGUUGCAAACGACAACUUGAACAAGACAACUUGUGCAAAGAUGCAUGGACUGGAUUUGUUGGAAGGUGGAGUAACAAGGGAAAAUUUAUCCUCAUUCUUGUCAUGUUCUACGGAAGACUUAAGAAAUUCAGCAUCGAUGGUGGUAAAGCUUGGAAGCUAUCCUAA